AUGUGUCAGCCUCAUUGUCAGUCAAUAGUUCGACAGGUGACGAGAGCAGAGGACGUGUUCAGAUUUACUGGAAAUGAGACACAUACUGAUUAUUUCCGACUCAUGCUUCGAGAUGGAAACUAUCUUCUGGUUGGCGGAAGGAAUCAUGUGCAUAACUUGAGUUUGACUGAUCUCACGGAGCAACAACGUUUGACAUGGUACUCACCAGAUAUGGACGUUAAAAUGUGUCAAGUGAAAGGCAAAGAUGAAGAAAACUGUCAAAACUAUGUACGCAUUCUAGCUAAAAGUGGUCAAAAUGGUCUACUUGUUUGUGGCACAAAUGCUUUUAAGCCCAUGUGUCGCAAUUACGAUGUGCACGCUGGCAAUUACACAGUGACAAAUGAGAAGUUAGCCAAGGCUUUAUGCCCUUUUGAUCCUCAGCACAACAGUACCUACGCUUAUGUAGAUGGUGAGCUUUUUACUGGUACAGUUGCUGAUUUUACUGGGAUGGAUCCCAUUAUAUAUAGAGAACCAUUGCAGACUGAGCAAUAUGACUCCAUGAGUCUUAAUGGUAAGUAG